UCGCGUAUUUUGGUAUCAACAAGUUUCCCUCAAUAGCAAUUUCACUUAAACAAUUCACAAGAAUGAAUAGUUUUCAUAUUUUGUGAACAUCUGAGAGGCAAAACAACAACCUCAACACUCACUGGAACUCAUACGAUACUGAAAAGUAGUGGAAAUAUUGAUCUGAAAGUAGAAAUGUGCAAAAUUUUGGAGGUUAACCUCUGAUUAAUUUUAGCGAAAGGCUUUAAAUACAGAUACUGAUUGAUAAGUGAACUUCAUUCGAAGAAAAUGAGUGUGACAAGGAAUAACGGUGGAACGACAGGUGAUGGCCUUGAGGACCUUGGGAUCCCUGGACCAGUUUUCCUCAGAGAUGCUUUAACCAGCUGCACAGAUCCUCUCAAAGCAAUUGAAGAGUUUCAACUUGAAAACGGAGUGUUAUUACCUUCCCUACGCCCAAUGCUGCCUUUGUUGGACCUCCACGGGGUUCGUAGACUAGAUUUUCAUGCGUCAGUCCUGGAGGAACUUCGUGAGAAGUUGGUAAAGAGGAUUAAUGAAAUUGGAGCCGAAAGAACAACUGAGAAGGGCAGUGGAGAUAAGAGACUGAAGGAUAUGCUGUCGAAGAGCUUUGCUGCUGUACGAGUUCCCGCACUUCGUCCUGUCGUCAUGUGCAUUCUCAGGAAUACUCCUCACAUCGAUGAUAAGUACCUUAGGGUGCUUGUGAGAGAGAAGGAACUCUACAAUAGUGCAGAUACUGAAGUUAAACGACAAAUUUGGAAGGACAAUCAGAGUUUGUUUGGGGAUGAAGUUUCUCCUUUGUUUAGUAAAUAUAUUAUUGAGAAGGAGCAGGUUCUCUUCGAUCAUUUGAACUUGAACAGUUUGUUCUUCUCGCCUUCACCUAAGGUGAGGAGGCAGGGGGAAGUUGUGCAAAAAUUGGCGCAUAUGAUUGGACACAGUGUUAAGUUAUACGAUAUGGUGCUGCAGUUUUUGAGAACUCUAUUUCUGAGGACGAAGAAUAUUCAUUAUUGUACGUUGAGAGCUGAAUUACUUAUGGCUUUACAUGACCUGGAAGUCCAGGACAUUAUUUCUGUUGAUCCUUGUCACAAAUUCACGUGGUGUCUUGAUGCUUGUAUACGAGAGAAGAAUGUGGAUAUCAAGAGAUCUAGGGAACUGCAGGGAUUUCUCGAUAGCAUAAAGAGAGGACAGGAGCAAGUGCUGGGUGACCUCAGUAUGACCCUGUGCGAUCCGUACGCUGUGAACUUCCUAGCUAGCAGUGCAAUAAAAAUAGCGUUGCACUUAAUAAACGGUGAAUCAUUACCAAGAGAAAACGCUGUAUUAGUUCUACUCCUCCGAAUGUUGGCACUGGGACUAUCAGCAUGGCAAAUGAUUGAUUCACAGGACUUCAAAGAGCCCAAACUCGAUAGCCAAGUUGUGACUAAAUUCCUUCCAGCACUGAUGUCAUUGAUGGUGGAUGAUCAAAUAAGACAACUAAACUGCAAACUGCCCCCAGACGAGCGAGAAAGUGCAAUUGCAAUCAUCGAACACUCAGGUCCUCCGCCAGACGCCUGCCAAGCUUACUCCCAGCUGUCAGGAGUAGCUGCAGUUCUCUCAAUGUACUACACGUUGCAUGUCGGUGGAGGAACAGUAGCCGGAGGUGCCAGUGCAGCCGGAGUAUCAGCAGUCAGUGGAAGCAGUUUAGGUUUGGGAAAGUCGCGUGGUGAUGCUCGUGGUCUCAUGAGAGUCUUGGCAACUCUACCCAACUGCCAAGCUCAACGUGCCUUUGAAGACCCUUUUUUGCACACUCUAGUGUCCCUCCUAAUCCUCAAUAUGGCUGAUGAAUUCUCCAACGAGUCCUUCUGCACGGUGAUCUUCGACGAAUUCUUCCUCGCUGGACUUGGCAGGGACAACGUCACCCGACAUUUAUUGAAACUACUGUGGUACAUUUAUCCUAAGCUACCUCCAGCACGUCUGCACUCAUUGAUGAAAGCACUACAACCGACGAGUCAGCAUAAUGAGGCAGUUCACAGUCUGUAUGAAGCACUUCGAGAAAAAAUUGGGAGUAGAACGUCUGAGAACCUUUCACAAUCAUCACAGGGCAGCAGGAUCAGUUUAGAUGGACCAACUUCGUCAUUGACAGGUGGUGUUUCUUCAGUUCCCAGUGUCUCCACAUCACCCAGUCUUGCAAGUCCCAUGAGACCACUCUAAGUUCAUUGCGAAAUCACGUAUUCAAAUGAUUCAAACUAACAGGAGGUUAUGAACAUUGUGAUUGUAUAGUUUGAAUGUACUCAUUUGGUAUGGAAACCGUUGCAAGUUUAAGGGGAGACUAUUAUGAUUGCACACAUGCAUUGGAGAUCGAUUACAUAUG